ACAAGCCCGCGCAUCCAAAAUACGAAUUGAGAGUACCAGUGGCCGGCACAAACAUUCGGCAAGCCAGUUUGUCGGCAGUCGCGCAGCGAACUAUACGCUCUCUCCGCGCCAACGUGCUUUGCCUGUUCCACAUUCAAAAAAGAAAAACAAAAAUCUUCCAAAAUGCCGUCUCUGGUGUUCGACAACUGCUGCUGCUGCAUUGAGCUGAGAACUGGAUGUCUCAUCAUCGGGUAUCUUAACCUGGUUGGUGACAUAAUCUUGACCAUUCUGGCCAUCCUCGGGUUGGUUGCGGGUGGUGUGGUGGCCGCCAACGGCGAAGACCAGUCAGACAAGGAUGGCGGUGUCAUGAUCAUGGUUAUCUCUGUGAUAUUCCUGCUGAUCUUGCUGUUCUUCUUGGCUUUCACGAUUGUGCUGCUCGUCGGUCUCCACAAGAACAAGCGCGGCCACGUGAAGGCUUACUUGAUUGUGUCGGUAAUCUGCCUGGUCCUCUCCAUCAUUAUGUUCCUCGCGAGCUUCGCUGGCACCGUCACCGCAUCCGACAUCGUCAGCAAGCUGAUCUCCUUUGCGCUGAGCAUCUACUUCAUCUUGGUGAUUAGAAGCUACUACUACAAGAUGGACGAUAACAAGAGACCCGCCAUCUACAACGCCGCUUAAACAUGGUGGACUUGCGAACAACAAGUUUCAUUUACCUAUUGUUUACGUCAGUGUUGAGAUAAAAUAGUUCUUAGGUUAAGCUUAGGUCAAUGUCAGGCCUCUUGUAUGUUAUCGCUGUUCUUUCUGAACUUAUAAUUAAUCAGGGUUUUUACAUUUAAAUAAUGAAGUCUGGCUUAUACUUUGAUUUGUUAAAUAGUCACUGAAUUGUAAAAUACAAAACAUUUUGUAGUUAACGAAAUUGAACUUAAAGUUGAAAUUACUGAUAUUAAUGAUGCAAGUGAAUGUGCUGCUUUAGGAGUCUAAUUGUAAACUAGUCUUAACUUCUCAUCUGCCGAGAUACCAGACACAAUAAAUUUUACAUUGUGUCUGAUCGAGAUCUGCGUUCCGGCAUUCGAAAAGUUAAGAAUUAGUGCACUUAUAAUUUCUUAUUUAUCAGCGUCUAAAUAUAUCCCGAUGAAUAUAGUAUUGAUCUCGCCAAGAAUGAGACAUCUGAAUAAAUAUUUUUAAAGCGCAUUGUGGCAGGAAAUUCAAUUCUUGUUUUAAUAAUGGUCGGUUUAAUGAUAUUCAUUCCUUUGGACGGAAGUCCACUUGAAGGUGAUUUGGAAAACUAUCACAUGGAUAAUAACAUGUUGGGAACGGGGGGAUUAUGGGGGGGGGGGGAUAUUUCGAUGUGGCCUUUUCAACCCCCCUGAUUUGUUCAUGACGUUGAAUGUAAAAAUCUUGAAUAAUGACGAUAGUCCACCGUAAGUCGUUACAAAAUUUUUGACAAUGCAUUUUUUUCUUUUUAUACAUGUUCUUAUAUUCUAAUAUUAAAAACUUUAAUUAAGAAACCAUUUUUGAAAAUUUAAAUCUUAUAAUCUAGUUAAGGAUUUGUACAAUGUUUAAUGAAAACCUCACUGUUGAUUUUAUAAUGUUUUUAAGACAAAAGUUUAUCGUAAUCGGUUUGAAAUUAUGAAAAUAUUCAAAUAUUCCUACAAGAAAAAUUGUCAAUAUAAAAGAUAUUUUGAUAUGUUUUAUAGGUUUAAGUGCUUAUGAUAUUCGUGUAGGUAUCUAUAUGAAAAGUAAUUCGAUGUGAAAUAUUGUAGCACAUGUUAGUUUAGGCUUAAGUUUGAUUUUACGCUUUUCUCUAAUAAAACGAUGAAUUUUCGAUUUUUUUAUGCUAAUGGAAAGUUUCUUUAUUCUUAACAAAAUGUAAUUUUGAAUUUUGAAAUGAGUAGUGGGUUUGAAAUAAAAAGUAGCGGUUAGUCUAAGGUCAAACUAGAAAAAGCCUUGCUUAGAACCAAAAGACUCGAUCAGUAAGAUCCUAGCGGACAGCCGGUCAUACCGGUGACAAACCACUAACAACAAACACUACAGAAUUCUGACACCGAACCCGCCGGCGUGGCCGAUGAUUUCUCUUAUUCAGCACUUAUCGUUAUCAGCCAAGUAGAGUCGAUUAAUUCUUCCAAAUAUAAACUUCUCAUUCGACGCCCAGAGCUGAAGUACGCGCCCAACUAGGCACCCUCAGGCCUGUUGUCUUAAAUUUUAUACCGGCCCUUAGAGCUCCCUAUGAGUCCGGCCAAAUCAGGCGCCCGGCUUAGUGCAUCGUUUGAAGUGUAACUGUAGUGUUUAAGUGCGUCUGUUGUUUUGGCUCUAAGCAAUGAGCAACGCUAUUUGGAGUAUGGUCUUAGCCUUAAAGAGACUUAGUGACUUGUCCGCCUAUAUCAAAUAUACUUUAUUGCACACAAACAAAACAUACAAACAUUUGCAAAACAUUUAGCUACAUUACUGGGUGGCCUUGCACUGCAGAAAUUUCUUUAAGGCAACCACUACCGUUGGACAUUUUUGUCUAGGAAAAAUACUGCGAAAAACAUGUGUACAUUUUGUUUUUUAUGGCUUAGUCCAGCGGGCUUAGCACCGUAAACACGCGACUCUUUCUCGCCGCGGCAGAGAUCAUCUGUCUCUUUCUGUGCAGUACUGUGAGAGAGUUCUGUGCAGUACGGUGACGUGUGUCAAGGCGAGAAAGAGUCGCGAGUCGUACGCUUACGGUGCUAAGCUCACAGGACUCAGCCAUAAAAAAUAAAUUUGCAUUUGUUUUUCGCAGUAUUUUUCCUAGACAAAAAUACAUAAUGCCCUCACGAGGAUUUAUUAACUUUUGCGAAUCUAUUGACUGUCUUAAGAAACAAUGUGAGUUAGAGAAGAGCUUUUGAUUUGAAGACUGGAGAGUGCCUCAUAUUUAAAAAAAAAGCAGCUGGCGAGAGAAUUCCAGAAUCAGUUAUUAUUUUCGGAAUUUUUGUUUGUGUUAAGAUCUUUUUAGUUGCAUACUUGUCAUACGUAUUGUGACAAGAUUAUUAUAGUAUUUUUUACUCGUCCAGCUGUCUAUUCCCAAAGUGCUAUUGAACAAGUUAUAUAAAUUACGUAUAUACAAUAUUUGGUGCUGGUUCCUGUAAACACCAUCUAAUUUUAUUUUAAGUUAUACCUGUCAUUUUCUUAUUCGCCGAAAAGGAAAGUGACGGAUCGACGGUCAUUAAAUUUAUGGAACACAAGUCAAUUUUAAAAACCCUCCCAAAUUUAUAUAUUGGCCAAUAACCCGACAGAAUUUGCUUGAAACGGGCUGCAUAACAGCGAGAUGCCUAUAUAAUUCGCCCGAGUUAUUCAUUCAUUAUAAAAUUAACAGUUCUCAAUCUCCCGUCUUUUUUCUUUGUAGUGGAUAGGAAAAUGACGGGUAUAACUUAAAAUAAAAUUAGGUGGUGUCUGCUGGAAUCGGAGCUAUUAUAUAUAUAAGUAACUUAACUUAUAUCAAGGACACUACCUCCACUUUUGAGAAGAGUAAUGGUUUCCGUGCCAUUUUAGUUAAGUAUAAUCGUUAUAAUUAUGAUAAUACAUUUUUGCUAAGUUUAAAACUGAUAUUAAGAACUAUUUGUUGCGCCAAGUUUAACAUCACGCCCGUAAUUCCCAAAUAGGGUGGGCAGAGCCACAAGUAAUCAGAAGACUUGCAGACACUUUUGAUCGUUCUAGUGGACAUAACGUCCUCUGUUAGUAAAGCACGACGGUCUAAUAAAGAAGGACGAAAAGCAAGAGGGAAACCACUGCUUAUUUUCCCUAGACAAGUAGCAUGGAGAAUGCUACACCGACAAGAGCGUGGAUAAUUAAAUGAGGGAUGAAUCUUGGAUUUGUUACAAAAACGUAAUUGUAAAGUACAAGACUUAACAUCAGUUUUAAGAAAUUGCUUAUUUUUUGAAAGAACACUUUUGAAAAAAAAAAUGGUUUCUUUUUCUUCUGUUAAACGGUUUAUGUAAUUACUGUUGUGUCAAAUAAAUGAACUAAAAGUACA